AUGAAUGAGAGUGUCAUGCGAGCGUACUAUGAGGCAACAGGAGGGGGAAUUAACCUCAUUGCGCAUCGUUCAACGAUGCUGUCUCUAUUUCAGGCACUUGAACCAACUGUCACCGUAACCGCACAACGACUAUCAGAUCAAGUACUGGUAUUGUUGUGUCAAUUGGCGAAAAGUUUCGACCAACACCUUAAGAAACUCUCGCUUGAUGGUUGGAUCAAGGAUUCUAAAAGAGAUCACUGCAACAAGACAGUGGAAAUAUAUGAAGAUGUAUCGUCCCCUCCGGUGACAGCAGAAAACUUCGGUCGACCACUCACGUGUUCAUAUAGGUUUAGGGCAUUUCGAGGGUCACCAAAGGAUUGGAUACUAAGAAUACGUUUCAAGAAAUUCAAAGUUGGUACGCUUAUCAAUGGAACAACCUGCCACAAAGGAUACAUGCAGAUAGUGGAUGGCAAUGCAAAGACCGAUGUCUCGAACAGGAAGGAACCAGGCCUUUUCUGCGGCGAGAUAGAACAACCUCAGACUUUUAUAUCGGAAACAAAUUUUGUGAAGAUUGUGUUCCAUGCUGAUAAUUUCACCGACCAAACGUACUUCAGCUUCGAUUCCAGAGCAGAGCAACAGUUCGAAGUGUAUCUAAGAUACGGCCAGCAUCCAGAGCUGUAUCCGAACAGGCGGGGUGAGGUCGUCACCGGGUCAUAUUGUGAGAGAGUUUUUCGAGACUGCAGAUUGCAGACUUGCUACGUGCAGUCGGCUGCUUACCCAGGCGUGUACCCGAGAAAUCUCCAUUGCAGAUAUCACUUAAAUACUCGACUUCCCUACAUUAAGCUCUACAUAGAGAAUGAGGAGUUCAACAUAGAUGGACAACGCUGUGAGAAUAUUAUGACGUGCCCCAUGAGACCGAUCACGUCAGGUUCAGAAAAUUGUCCAUACGAUUACAUCAGGAUUUACGAUGGUAAAGAUGAAUCAGCGUCCGUGAUAGGAACUUUCUGCGGCAUGGGAAAGUUUCCCUACUCCAUUAUUGGCACAUCCCAGGACCUAUUCGUUGAGUUUGUCAGCUCACCUGCAGGACCAUUAUUAAAUACGGGAUUUCAUUUCAACGUUGGCAAUUGGCCUGGUCAUGUGGAAGCUCCAGGCUCUAAAAUAGGGAAUUGUGACUGGCUUUUAACCGCAGAGUCACUAAAGAAGUCAGGUGACACGGAAGGCAUAUUCUUGUCUGUUGCUCACUGGUACCCACCACACACAUCUUGCACUUAUCUGAUGCAAGGAUUCCCUGGACAAAUCGUAAGAUUAUACUUCCCAAGUUUCCGGAUCAAUCGAAUCGAAUCACCCAUAUUGCCGUUUACUGGUGACUGUGGAGAGUCAUUAACAUUAUAUGACGCACCAAGACCUGAUGAUGCGAAGAUAAUAAAGACUUUUUGUGACACCUUCAGCAGACCAAUGGAGAAACACGAUUUUGUAUCUACUGGAAACGCUAUGUUUGUUAGAUUUGAAAGCAAAACUGGCAGUUACAGUGGCUCCUCCCUUUACUAUUGGGCUCACUACGACUUCUUCAACAACACGAGGUUCGGAGAGCCAGUACCCGGAAAAGCUUGUGAUGAAGUGAUAGCCUCUUGGAAGCAGAGAGCUGGCAGACUCAGAUCUCCUCUCAACACCCUGGUCUACAAACAGGCUCCCCCUGGUGAAGAUGUUCAUUGUCUGUAUAGAUUUGUCACGGAUAAGAGAAUUUACGCAAGAGUUAUAUUGACUAUACUGAGCGUCAAUUUUAAGGAACAUCCAUAUACACCUGUAUCCUGUCAAAAUUGCUACGAAGACAGGGCUGAUAAACUGAUCAUUUGGGAACCAUUUCCUGGUGGCAAAACUAUAAAUACGUCUAUUGGUGUUACUACUACUCCCUUACCAUUACAUCUUGCAGUACAACGAUCCCUUGGAUCCUGCCUCUGUGCCAAACAUUCCAAUUCUGUCUCUCGAGCAAGGCCAUACAGAGUUGUAUCUUCAGGCGAAACAUUGAAUUUACAACUCAUAGUUGAUAAUGCUCACGCUGCAGCUUCCUAUUUCAAAAACCCAUCGCCACUAUUUGAAGCUCGAUAUGAAUUUGUUCACGGACCUCUUUGUGGUCCACCAGUACUGGCUGCUGCCUUAGAGGGUGAAAUUGUUUACCCACACUUAGAAGCUCUGGGUUACACAGAACCUCCUAAAAGAAUACAGUGUAUUUGGGAUUUAGAAAUAGAAGAGAAAAGAGAUAUCUGGCUACAUUUUGAUAGCAUUAAAUUUGCUUCGCGUCAUUGUGACGAUGGUAACAUUCAGAUUUAUCUGCCUGGACGUAUUGAACCUUAUUUGUCAGUUUGUGGUGAAAACGUAUCUUUUGCUCGUGAAUUGCCACCGCUGUCAGCAGUAGAACUUGGCUUUGAAUCUUUAGAUGACCCUCUUGUACUGGAUAAAGAUAAGACCAGAUCUAUAAGAAUAGUAUUUAUUGGUAGCGCGUCACCUGCUCGAGCUUCGUUCAAAAUCGCUUGGACAGGCUUAUUCCACUUACCUAAAAACUCGGAUGGAACCUUAAUGACAUCAAGGUUAACUGAAGGUGGGUCUACUAUCACUGAUUCUGGACAUGGAUGUGAUUUCAUAUGUCCGGGUGAAGAGGCACUUUGUAUACCAGCGAGGCUCAUAUGUAAUGGUGUUAUUAACUGUCCUAAUGUAACAUCUGGAGAAAAAAAAUUCUGGACAGCUGAAGAAAAACGAGCUAGAGAAGCAUAUUCUGAACAUAAUCUACGGCGACUUGGUUAUUUAGAUGCAGUAAGUGGAAUUCCUCUAGGACAAAUUCACGACGAAGCACCUGAACUAUGUGCAGGUGCGCGGAGUGUAGGAAGUGGCGAUUGGUUAGCGCCAGGAUUAGGAGCGGGACUGGCAAUUGCUAUCGGAAUAUGUGCACUAGCAGCAGCGUGGCGCUUAUGUUGCCGCAAACGAUCCCCAGAUGAGGAAUCAUUGGAUUACUGACACGCGGCCCGCGGUGCCCCACAUGCGCCGCCUACUCUUCAUUCGAGGUCUUCAUCUAGGGAUUUACACUUAGACUGGAGUCUACAUUGACAGACGCUUUAUUGAGCGCCACAGCUCUCAAUUAUUAAUUUUAAAAGAACUGAUGAUAGUACGAAAAUCUCAGAAUGUUACAACAUUUUCUAAACACUCAUUCUAGUGAAUUUGAAGAUGAUU